AUGCCUUGGAAAACUCUCGACGUCAGACCGAACCAGGGCCGGAUCUCGGGGAUUGUGGAGGAAUCUCCCGGAAAAUUGGAGUAUUUGGUUGCACUUUACCGAGAAACCCCGCAAAGUGGGGAUUUCAGUGUGCCAGUUGAUGAAGCAGUGCCCAUCGGCACUAAGUUGCAGCUCAGGGCAACCAUCAACACUCUUUCUUCGUGGAAAUACGCCAAGCUGGUCGACGUGACGGUUUCCAACAGCCCGGAAGACCCGCAGGCCCCAGGUCACAUAGUGCUUGUGCAAAACGGGUCCCCAGAGCUGGCGGGCAUAAUCCCGAAACAGCCCCACAGAUCACCCACGAACCCGGGCGAGGUCAUGAUAGACUUCGAAGCCUUCCUCCUCGACAACAUCAACUACCAGAACCAGCUCUGGAUCCACUCCAAGAUCAAGGCGUGCAUGAACGCCGUUGAUUGUCUCGCUACACUCGCGUUUUGCUGCAUGAAUUUUCCGCUGUUGAAAAUGCUUGGCUUCGCUUCUCACGGAAUUCACUGCUUCGCUUUGAGAUUUCAAGGCCCUCAAAAAAAAUGUGUGCCAAUCUGCACGAAAGAUCAGUGA